AUGAGGGCGAGCUGUCCGCAGUGCAGAGCGCCCGCUGAGCAGCUACAGGAGCGGCAGGUGUGCCCCCUCCUGUGCAUCACAGCCGUCCCCGGGGAGGGCGCCGACGACGGCGACAGCGGCCCCGACAGCAGGAGUGGGGGCGAGGACACCAGCGUGUGCGAGCAGUGCUGUGCCGAGUUCUUCAAGUGGACGGACUUCCUGCGGCACAAGAGGACCUGCCCCAAGAACCCGCUGGUGCUGAUCGUGAGCGAGGAUGAGCCCGCGCCGCCCCCCGACGAGCUCCCGGAGCCCUCGCCCGCCAGCUCCCCGGCGCCCAGCCUGCCAAACCCACUCCUACCUCAGACCUCCGCCAGCAGCGUCAUCUUCCCCAACCCGCUGGUCAGCAUCGCGGCCACGGCCAACGCGCUGGACCCGCUGUCGGCCCUCAUGAAGCACCGCAAGGGCAAGCCCCCCAACGUGUCGGUGUUCGAGCCCAAGGCCAGCGCCGAGGACCCCUUCUUCAAGCACAAGUGCAGGUUCUGCGCCAAGGUGUUCGGCAGCGACAGCGCCCUGCAGAUCCACCUGCGCUCGCACACGGGCGAGAGGCCCUUCAAGUGCAACGUGUGUGGCAACCGCUUCUCCACCAAGGGCAACCUGAAGGUGCACUUCCAGCGGCACCGGGAGAAGUACCCCCACAUCCAGAUGAACCCCUACCCCGUGCCCGAGUACCUGGACAACGUGCCCACCUGCUCCGGGAUUCCGUACGGGAUGUCGCUGCCCCCGGAGAAGCCGGUGACCACCUGGCUGGACAGCAAGCCCGUGUUGCCCACGGUGCCCACCUCGGUGGGGCUGCAGCUGCCGCCCACCAUCCCCGGCGUCGGCGGCUACGCCGACUCCCCCAGCCUCACCCCCGCCGGCCGCUCCCCACAGCGGCCCUCGCCCGCGUCCAGCGAGUGCCCCUCCCUGUCCCCCGGCCUCACCAGCUCCGAGGCGGCCGCCCCAGUGACCGCCGAGUCCCCGCAGCCCACGUCAGAGACGUCCAAGCUGCAGCAGCUGGUGGAGAACAUCGACAAGAAGAUGACGGACCCCAACCAGUGCGUCAUCUGCCACCGGGUGCUGAGCUGCCAGAGCGCGCUCAAGAUGCACUACCGCACGCACACCGGCGAGAGGCCCUUCAAGUGCAAGAUCUGCGGGCGCGCCUUCACCACCAAGGGCAACCUGAAGACGCACUUCGGCGUGCACCGCGCCAAGCCGCCCCUGCGCGUGCAGCACUCCUGCCCCAUCUGCCAGAAGAAGUUCACCAACGCCGUGGUGCUGCAGCAGCACAUCCGCAUGCACAUGGGGGGCCAGAUCCCCAACACGCCGCUGCCCGACGGCGCCCCGGACGCCGGCGCCGCCGAGCUCCCCUACGACGACAAGGCCGCCGAGGCCCUGAGCAGCUUCGAGGACGACCUGGACGAGAACUCCAUGGAGGAGGACGCGGAGCCGAGGGACACGGCCGGCGACCCGUCCAAGCCGCUGCCGCCCUUCUCGGGCUCCGGCCCGCCCUCGCCGCCGUCCGUCAUCUCCAGCAUCGCCGCCCUGGAGAACCAGAUGAAGAUGAUCGACUCGGUCAUGGGCUGCCCGCAGCUGACCGCCCUGAAGGCCGUGGAGAACGGCUCCGGGGACAGCGACCGCCUGAGCAAUGACUCCUCGUCCGCCGUGGGCGACCUGGAGAGCCGCAGCGCGGGCAGCCCCGCCCUGUCCGAGUCCUCGUCCUCCAUGCAGGCGCUGUCCCCCGCCAACAGCAGCAGCGACAGCCCGCCCCCCAAGUCCCCGGGCCUCGGCCACCAGGAGGGGCCCCAAGACCUGCCGCUGAAGACCGAGAGGCCGGACAGUCCCCCUCCCGCGCCUGAGAACGGCGGGGCGCUGGACCUGACGGCCGUGCACCCCGGCCGGCCGAUCGCCAAGGAGGAGGCCCCCUUCAGCCUGCACUUCCUGGGCCGGGAACGCGGUCCCAGCCAAAGCGCUCCUAGCCUGGUCACCGGCUCCACGCCCGCCCUGAUCAAAGUGGAGGUGAAUGGGCACAGCAAGGCCGUCACGCUGGGCGAGGGCCCGCCGCUGCCCGCCGCCCUCCAGGUGCCCGCCGGGCCCCAGACCGUGAUGAGCCCGGGCCUCGCGCCCCUGCUGGCCCCCCCGCCACGCCGGACGCCCAAGCAGCACAACUGCCAGUCAUGCGGGAAGACCUUCUCCUCGGCCAGCGCCCUGCAGAUCCACGAGCGCACCCACACCGGCGAGAAGCCCUUCGGCUGCACCAUCUGCGGCAGAGCCUUCACCACCAAGGGCAACCUCAAGGUGCACAUGGGCACACACAUGUGGAACAACGCCCCCGCGAGGCGCGGCCGCCGCCUGUCAGUGGAGAACCCCAUGGCCCUGCUGGGCGGCGACGCCCUUAAGUUCUCGGAGAUGUUCCAGAAGGACCUGGCAGCCCGGGCGAUGAACGCCGACCCCAGCUUCUGGAACCAGUACGCGGCAGCGCUCACCAACGGGCUGGCCAUGAAAAACAACGAGAUCUCUGUCAUCCAGAACGGGGGCGUCCCCCAGCUCCCCGUGAGUCUCGGGGGUGGCGCCCUGCCCCCGCUGGGCUCCCUGACUGCCGGCAUGGAUAAGGCACGCACAGGCAGCAGCCCGCCCGUGCUGGGCCUGGACAAAGCCGGCCCCGACACGGGGGCCAGCCGGCCGUUCACGAGGUUCAUCGAGGACAACAAGGAGAUCGGAAGCAUUUCACGUAUCAAAGCUGUACAAUAAAGAGGUAAUGUUUGUAUAACGCGGUUGCACGCUCCUAAUUCACACUCUUGCACUUUCAGUA